CCGCCGCGCCUCAGUCGGCGAGAGGCCGCGGGCGCGCGCGGAGCUGCUGCCGCUGCCGCCCCCUGCGGCCGCCGCCGCCACCUCCGCUCCGCUCCCCUCCCCUGUCCCCGCCAUGGAGUGAGGCCCCCGCCGGACGGCCGGACGGGGGGGCCCCGCCGCGCCUCGAUGGCUCUGGUCACGGUGCAGCGCUCGCCUACCCCCAGCGCCACCUCCAGCCCUUGCGCCUCGGAGGCAGACAGCGGGGAAGAAGAAUGCCGGUCCCAGCCCAGGAGCAUCAGCGAAAGCUUCCUCACUGUGAAAGGUGCAGCUCUCUUCCUGCCACGAGGAAAUGGGUCAUCCACUCCCAGGAUCAGUCACAGGCGCAACAAACAUGCAGGGGAUCUCCAGCAGCACCUGCAGGCCAUGUUCAUCCUGCUCCGCCCAGAAGACAACAUCAGACUGGCUGUAAGACUGGAAAGUACCUACCAGAACCGCACUAGAUACAUGGUGGUAGUGUCCACCAACGGCAGACAAGACACGGAGGAGAGCAUCGUGCUAGGAAUGGAUUUCUCUUCCAAUGACAGUAGCACGUGUACAAUGGGCUUGGUACUGCCACUCUGGAGUGACACCUUGAUCCACCUGGAUGGGGAUGGAGGGUUCAGCGUAUCAACAGAUAACAGGGUGCACAUAUUCAAGCCCGUGUCUGUACAGGCAAUGUGGUCUGCUCUGCAGAGUUUGCAUAAGGCUUGUGAAGUGGCACGGAGCAACAAUUACUAUCCAGGGAGCCUCUUCCUCACGUGGGUCAGUUACUAUGAGAGCCACAUCAACUCUGAUCAGUCUUCAGUCAAUGAGUGGAAUGCCAUGCAAGAUGUCCAGUCCCACCGGCCCGACUCGCCCGCCCUCUUCACAGAUGUCCCAACUGAGAGGGAACGCACAGAACGUCUGAUUAAGACGAAAUUAAGGGAGAUCAUGAUGCAGAAAGAUUUGGAGAACAUCACCUCAAAAGAGAUACGCACGGAGCUGGAGAUGCAGAUGGUGUGCAACCUACGGGAGUUCAAAGAAUUCAUUGACAAUGAAAUGAUAGUGAUCCUUGGGCAGAUGGACAGCCCCACACAGAUAUUUGAUCAUGUCUUUUUGGGCUCAGAAUGGAAUGCCUCCAAUUUGGAAGAUUUGCAGAACAGAGGAGUACGGUACAUUUUGAAUGUGACUCGAGAAAUAGAUAAUUUCUUCCCUGGGCUCUUUGAAUACCACAAUAUCCGAGUUUAUGAUGAAGAAGCUACAGAUCUUCUGGCUUACUGGAAUGAUACCUACAAAUUCAUCUCCAAGGCAAAGAAAAAUGGUUCUAAGUGCCUGGUGCACUGCAAGAUGGGAGUGAGUCGCUCAGCAUCCACGGUGAUUGCCUAUGCCAUGAAGGAGUAUGGCUGGAACCUGGACAGGGCUUACGACUACGUGAAGGAGCGGCGCACCGUCACCAAGCCCAACCCCAGCUUCAUGAGGCAGCUGGAGGAGUACCAAGGGAUCCUGCUGGCCAGCAAACAGCGGCACAACAAACUGUGGCGCUCGCACUCGGACAGCGACCUCUCAGAUCACCACGAGCCCAUCUGCAAGGCUGGGCUGGAGCUGAACAAAAAAGAGAUCACCACCUCAGCUGACCAGAUCUCAGAGGCCAAGACCAAUGACAACCAGCAGCCCAUGUCUCCCAUCUACUCAGCUGAGCUGGACAGGGAGCAGCAGCUCCCAGAGGACACAAACAUGAUCGAGGAUGUGUGUGUGAAGGAGAGAAAGAUCCACUUAGAGUUUACUUGCAGAGACUUCCACGCUGAGCAGAUGGAGGACAAGCUGAACCUGAACAAUAUCAAUGGCUGUAGAGCAGGGUGUUGUGUAGACUCUGUCCCCCCUGACAACUGCCAUGCUUCUGAGGCCUUAAUGCAGCUCCAGCACCCCUUGGAAAUAACAGAGUUUCCUGAUCUGACAGUGGACGAUCUAGAAAAAGAUGCCCUUAAGCCUGAUAUGAACGUGCACUUGGUUCCUAUGGAAGAAUUCACUUCAUGCUUAAAAGACUUCCCCCAAUCCCCAAACCAAAAUUCUCCAGGUCUCCAACAGAACCCUCAGCCCGAAGUGACAGACCUCAGCACAGACAGGAUUGAUUUCUUCAGUGCUUUGGAGAAAUUUGUGGAGCUCUCCCAGGAGAGCCGCUCUCGCACCUGUUCCCAUUCCAGGCCAGAGGAGCAAGGGACUGGGAGGAAUGGGGUCUCCAGGGUGCCCAUGCUGGAAGUGCCACCUGCUGCAGAUGGAGGUGCAGAUGCUAGAAGGAACAGCCCUGGAAACUCCCCUCAGGCAUCAGAUGACUCUUCCACAGAUGAAGAGCAACAAAAGGAGGUCCCUGAGCUGCCUGGUGCAGGUCAUCUCACGAGAUCCCACUCGGAAAAUGCCAUUUCUGUGAAGGAAAUUAUCACAGAGAUUGAGUCAAUCAACCAGGGAGCAGGACCUGCCCAGCAGAAAGAGGGUUCAGCCAACCUCAGCCAGACACCAAAGAGGAACACGGUGCACGACCUGCCAGUGGAGAUGAUUUGGGCAUCAGAAAAGUUGGAACACCAGGAAAAGGAGAAGGACCCUUUGCCACCUGAGCAGGAAGAAGCCCCAUCUCUGCAGCCAUCUUCUGGUAAAUCAGACGUGGAGGAAAGCAGCUCUGGUGGGGAGCAGCAGGAGCCUCGUGGCUCCAUCAACCCUGAGCCCAAGUGGUGCCCUGGCUCUGUGCGGCGAGCCACGCUGGAGUUCGAGGAGCGCUUGAGGCAGGAGCAGGAGCACCAGCACACGGCCCCAGCCUGCACUUUGCCCACCCGCAAGAACUCCAGGAACGACUCCCCUGCUGCCGAGCUCCUGCCCCGGGGCAAGAGCGAGGAGCCGCCCCUGGAGCCGGCUCCAGAGAGAGACAAGGCUCAGGGUCCAGGCGCUGAGGAGCCGCUGCUGCCUGCCGGGGCAGAGCAGCCUGUGGGCAGACACCUGCCUGCACCUGCCCAGCAGCCCACAGAGCCCAGCCCGGGGCAGGAGGGAGCGGCACAAGAGCGCAGGACAGUGGUCUCGUUUGAUGGGAUGGAGGAGCCAUCCCUGCCCUCCCUCCUCCCAAAGAGAAUCGAAAUCAUCGAGUACACCCUCACGGUCAAGCCUGCAGAGCAGCACCCCGACACAAGCUGUGAGCAGGGCGGGCUGGCCACGGCCACCCCGUCUUUAGAUGAAAACUUGAACCCCUCAAUGCGCUUUGAGAAGGCUCCAGUGGAUCCCUCACCGCCGGAGCACGCGGUACGCAAACAGGCUGCCCUCACUGUGGGCAGCCCCAGCCAGGAAGGCAGUGGGAUAUCUGCUCACCUCCCUGCAGCUUCUCCUUCUGCCCAGCUGACCUGUCCACCUCCUUACCCCUGUGUCAUUCACCUGGAAGGUGUCACCGAGCAGAGCACGGCUACAGACGACGAGCCGGUCACGCCGUGUGGCACUGAGGGAGACGCGACUCUCCCAUUCAGGGACGGUCCCAAACCUCUCUGUGGGGACACUGCUGGCAUCUCCAGGCAGCUGAGCAGUGAGGACUUCACCAAGCAGCGUGCUGAGAACAUGGACCUUCUGGACAUCUCGUUCCUGUGUUACAGCCUCCCUCACAGCUCCAGCAGCCUCAGUGUGGAGGAGCGCUCCAGCAGCCCCGGGCCGGUCAAGCAGCGGGCGAGGGAAAUAGAGGCUCGGAUCCGGCACGCAGGGCUCACCAGACCCUCCCACAUGAAGCGCUCAGCAUCCCUGGCCAAACUGGACUACCUGGACCUCUCCAAGGACGACUUACACAACAGGGAGUCGGCCUCUUGCAAUGCCAACCCCGUUCUUCUCACCUGCGUGGCCCUCGGUCGAGGGGGCAGGUUGGAGAGGGGCUCGGAGAGCACAUGUGGGAAGCAUCGUCUCUCCUCCCCCGAGCCCACCAAGCAUUUUGUGGAGCAGCUCAGAACAGCCGAGUGCAUUGCCCAGAGCAGGCCUGUGGAGAGGCCGCUGGCUCAGUACGCCAAAGAGUGCAGCUCCAGCCAGCAGAGUUUGUGUUCCAGCACGGAUCCGACGUGGACUAGCUCCGGGGAGGGCCCUCCACUGCUCCAGGUGCAGCUCCUGGACUCCUUGUCUCCAUCUCAAGCUCUGGCUGUCGCCCCGCGGCAGCAGCACGGGAGAACUCACCCUCUGAGGAGGCUCAAAAAGACCAAUGACAAAAAGCGGACAACCAAUCCCCUCUACAACACGAUGUGAUCCUGGGCCCUUGGCUGUGAUUUCUUACCCAGAACCUGUGGUGUUGCUUUCACACAAGGGACAGGUGUAAUAUAAGGAACAUGCACUUUAUUGGUUAAUUUUAUAUAUAUUGUCAUUUUACUGUUCCUGGCGCAUGUAGGUGUGGGUUGGUUCUUCUGUGUGUGACUCUGACUGCAGGACUGUUUGGGUUUUUUUAAGUUUAACUCAGAUAACCUCAAAUGUUCUUUAGUUGUUGUUGUUGUUAGUUUGUUUUAAAAGAACACCUUUAUCACAAGAAAAUUGAUGUUGGCUUGCUUUGGCAAGGUGGAGUUUUGCUUACAACCAGAUCCUAGUUCCUAACUUGAAUUUUCCCCAUGCCUUGAAAGGAUGCUGAGCAGCAGUUGGUGGGGUGAGAGCCCCUGUAAAUGUGAAGGUUGUGCCAAGGUCCCUUUAUUUGGCCUUUCUUUUAUUCUGCAAACUGGAACUCCACCAUGCUGGCAGAUCCCUCACAAAGCUGCUUCAGGACAAACACCCCGGGCUUGGUUCAGCUGGUGCUUCCCCCUAAGGAGCACACGGGGUAAAUUUUCCCAGUGGAUGAGCUCUGAUAACCCUGGGCAGCACCAAGACCCGCUCUCCCACCUGCCAUGGGGCACACAGAGCUAUCUGCUCUGUGCUGAGGUGGGGCAGAGCUCCUCCAGGAGCUGCCACCUUCACCUCUACCCCCAAAGCCAGUGUUCUUUUAAAACAAAUGCCUCAUUAGGGUUUUAACCCUCCCAUUACUUGAAUACUGCUGUGGGCGUUCCAAGUUCAUGGCCAUAUCAUCUGUUCUCUGCCCUCCUCCUACUGCCUGCCCUCUGCCCCAAAGCUGUUCUUGUGCUGCCUGAGUUUCCCUCUCCCCUCUGCCAUGCUCACGGGUGUUUCUGGUGGCUCCCAAAACUUGAGCUGUUUUUGUUACAUGACAUACUGCCCGAAAUGCAAAGCUUUGUCCUCUGCUGUCACUUCUAACUCUAGAUCCAGAGGGAAGACCUUUUCUGGAUUGUUUUUGUUUUGUUUUUUUUUUUCCCUAAAUUGUAUAUAUGAUAUUUAUAUGAAUUUUUUGGGGGUCUUUUCUAAUUUUUUUUUUUUUUUUUAAAGAAGGGCAAGACUACAUUCUGUAAACUGGAAAACAAACCCACCUGACUCAAACUCAGUGCUGUUCUUUGUGAUCUGCACAGACAUGGGAGUGGAUUUGACAUUAUAAGCUGUCUUCCCUUUCCAAAAGUGAGCCUUGAUGCCAAAUGUGUCCCUUCUCCUCCAGUCCUGCGUGAACCCCCAUCAUCCCACUGUGGGAGGGCACUGUGUGUCUGCCCAUCUCCUUCCUGCUUGGAGCUGGGUUCCAGGAGUGCCAGGUGGAUGUGGAAAAGCCUUUGGCUGCUCCAAGCCAUUCUGCAGGUUCUUGCUUCCCUGGAGAAACUGUGUGUGAAGGCUCUGCUCCAAAUUUCAGCAAAUGAUUCUGUGGUUUCUGAGCAGUUUAUCUGAAUCAAAGCUCCUCAUUUCUAGCUGUGUGCAUCAGCAAGUUGUCCCUGUGCUGUAGGAGCAGAGAGAAAGGCCAAGGGAAGCUCUGGGUCCUGUCCCCAAUUCCGUGGCAGGUCCUGUCUGAGCUGGUGCUUGGCUGGGGCCCAGACCUGCCCUCUGGGGAGGAGCAAAGCAGAGAGAAGAUGCAGAAUGGCUCAGGCUGCUGAAGCCCUGCAUGGAGAGGACAUGGUGUGGGAGGAGCAGCAGCCCAGCCCAUGCCUAGAAAGCAGCCCUAAAGCUGCAGAGCCUUGCAGGCUCAGAUGGGACUCCUCUUGAGCUGGAGGGGAGUGCACAGCACUGGAGUGCUCUGCAGUAUUGGGAAGCAGCAUGUGCCUGUCCUGGGGAAGGGCUGUGGGUUAUCCUCAGCCCACAGGUGAUUGGCAAGGUAAUGCCACCUUGCUGCCCUCCUGUGCUGCCUUGCAGCCUGUGAGGUCUGUCUGUACUCCAGCAGCCACGAGCACUGUCCCUCCCUUUCCUGAGCUCUGGCAGGGGGUUGUUACCCAUGCUGGAGCACAGCCCUGUCCCAGGUCAAACAGCACGUCAUCCCAGGCCAUUUCAGUCACUAGAAGUCACCCAAGCCCCUGGCCCAGGAGGCCAGAUACUUCUUUGGGACACUGAAAGACAUGUGGCUUCUCCUAGCCCGCUCCAGCUGGCUCCGGAGCAGGGCAGGCACUGGAAAGGCCAAGUGGCUCAUGUCAUCAGGAGAAGGACAGGUUCAGUCCUUGCCUCCCCCACAAACUUCAUCAGAUCACUGCCCACUGUUCUGACCCCAAGGACAUGCCUGCCUGCCCCUCCAUGGGAAGGGACUGGUUGUCACCAGCCUGCCUUGCACUGGAGGGUGCAUGCUUCACUGGCAGCGUGUCCUGGUGACAAGGAUCUGCUGGGGAGGGAAAAGCCCUGUAUAGAAUUUUUCCCUUGAGAAGGCAGGAGGAGGAGGAAAAGGAUCCGGUUUCUUUGCCCAGCUUGAUCUCAGGAGAAAUGCCCUCUGGGAAGGGUCUUUGUUGCAGACCAGAAAUGCUGCUUCCUUCCAAUACUCAGCUGCUCUCUGGGUGCUUCAGCUGGGGAGAGCAGCAGAGGGGCAGAGGCCCCUGCAGGGCAGUGCUUUGCUGUCCCCUUGUCCUUGGCUCUGGCCCAGCAGAACUGGUUUUUCUCUGAGAAGGCUGUGGGCAGGCAGAGGGAGUCAGGAAAGGUGGUUCUCUUGCAGAGUGAUGAAGGCCUUGGAGGUCUGGAGGCUCUGAGCAGGAUGGCAGGAAGGGGACAGACUGGAAGGGUAUGGACCUCCUUUUCCAGUGUCUGGGCAACAAAGCCACCAACCCCUGACAUCAGAGGUUUCUGCUGGGGACAGUUGUCCUUUCUCCAUGCUGGUGGCUCGUGGGUGGGUUCCUGUAGCCACCCCAUUAGAGCUUCUUGUGACCCGCUGAGCACCACGGGGAGCAGCAGCACCUCCAGGGCGCUCAGCAGCUGACAAGCCUCGCGGGUAGAGGGGGUUUGGAAGAAACGUGUUGUUUUAAGGGCAUUUUUGUACAAAGCAACUGUUCUUUGGUCUCUGGCGAAGCCUCUUGGAGGACGCUUUAUUGUUUACAUUGACUCCUGUACAAUAUCCCAGCCAUCGCUGCCCCGUCCCGGCCGUACUGUAACGUGUGAGCCUUGCACAAACGGACUGCGUGCGUCAAACUGGUUCUACACUGCGUUCUGUUGCACUCGGUGGUGUGUGUGUGGGUGUGUGUGAGUGUGUGUGUCCGGUCUGCUUGAAGAGUUGUGACCUGUACAAAUCUCUCCCCUCUCGGCCCUUUCCUGGGGGCACGGUCCCAGCGGGUGGCAGGAGGUGACGACGCUUCUCUGGGUCACUUGGAUGUUUGAACGGAGCAGGGAUUAGCUCCGAGUCCCUCUGCCAGCAAAGGGCUGGUGCAAGGGAUCCCGCCCCACCUCCGGCUGCUCCGGGGACCUCCUGGGAGGAGCGAGCUGGGGAUCCGUGGCCGAAGGGGCGCUGCAGCUGCUGGGGGCUCCGGGAGCCUGGCAGCUCUGUGGCAGGAGGAAGCCAUACCCACCGCAGGGCCCUGCUCCCCGCACGGCACGUCCUGCCUUAUUCCGGGCCUGGCUCCACACAAACCCCCCCCCUGCUCCCAGGGAAGGGGUCCUGAGCCCCUGGUGUGGGGCAGAGGCAGGUGCUGGCCUGGCACAGGAGGGUCCGGGCUGGGGCAGGGCUCGGUGCCCUGGUGCUGCUGCCAGAGGUGCUAACAGCCUGCCCGCUCUGCAGACAUCUCUGUUGGCACGAGAGAAGGUGUCAGUGCCUUUUAAUUUCCUUGAUGGAGAUGUGGCGUCCGUGCGCUGGUUUGUAGGGAUCGUCCAGGGCGAGCAGCUGGCGGUGGGGUUGCGAAUCAGGGAGGAGAGCGCUUCUGUCUGCCCCUCCUGGAUCUUCCUUGGUGGCUGGGAUUGUCCCCUUCCCCCUAAAGACUUUAUGACCGAUGUGCUCAGCUGUUUUUAAAUGUGAACUUGUGCACUGAUGUGCAGAUUCAAUGUUCUUGUUACCGAAUGAAUAAAAGUUUUAUUUUGAAGAUGAAAAA